AUGGACUCUAGCUCAAAGAUGAAUGUACCUGAAGGCCACUCUGUUGUGAAACGCCUACAAAGUGAAUUAGUCCAGCUGAUGAUGUCUCCGUCUCCAGGUUUAAGUGCGUUUCCAGAAGAUGAGGAUGAUUUGACUAAAUGGUGCGGAGUUAUUACGGGGCCUGAUGGGACUCCUUAUGAGGGCUUGAGGUUCAAGAUUGCUUUGGAGUUCCCCCAGACUUACCCUUACACAGCUCCCAAAGUUACAUUUGUCAGUCCGAUGUGGCAUCCUAACGUAGAUAUGAGCGGCAACAUCUGCUUGGACAUUUUGAAAGACCAAUGGACUGCAGUAUACAACGUACAAACUAUCUUACUUUCGCUACAAUCCCUUCUCGAAGAGCCCAAUAACAGCUCACCGUUAAAUGCGGUGGCUGCGGAGCUAUGGGAUACUGACAUGAAGGAGUAUAAAAAAAAAUUGAUGGCGCGUUACGAAGAGAUCGACGAAUAA